CGGAAGUACUUGGAAUACGUGACGUAAUUUUUAUUUACAACGUCGAGAAGCUAGACUAGAAGCAAGGUAGUUUAUGGUACAGUAUUAGAUGUUUUACAGUUAUUCCGACAGUAUCUAGUUGGAACUUUGAACGCUUACGCGGUGUUUGCAUGGGGGCUCACGGCCAUUUGGGGAAUGAGCCCGAGUCUAUCGACUACUCAGUUCACGAAGCGUGGAACGAGGCCACCAACGUUUACCUGCUGGUUAUCCUGGUUAGCUUCGGCCUGCUCAUGUACGCCAGAAAAAAUAAGCGGAAGAUCAUGCGCAUCUUUACCCUGCCUCCCACUGCUGAGAGCAGCCCAGAGCCCAACUUCUAUGACAGCCUGCAGAAGGUCCGCCUGAGACAACAGCUGGAAAUGUACUCUCUAGCCAGGAAAUAUGAUCAGCAACAGCAUCAGGGCCAAGCAGACAGUGUGCAGCUUUCCAUGGAAUGAGGGUUCUUCUCUGGACAAGAAAGUCAUGUACAGUAGCAAACAGAUGCAUGCCUUUAUUUUGGCCAAUUCUUGGGAAGACCGAUGCAUGAAGACUGAGAUGUUCUGUUGUGGAGUAGCUUAUACAUCUUGUGAGUUGCCACUUUAGCAACUUCAACUUCAAGUAACGACAAAUGAGAUGUUCUUUAAUUUAAGACAUGAUAGCAUUUGGUUUCCAUUAUCAAUUGAGUAUCAAGUGAUCAGGAUUAUCAAGAGUUUGGUUUUGUUCUCAGCGCCAUUUAACAUUCAUAAUCUUCAGUAUUGAAUGUUCUGAAUUCAUGGUUUAAAAUGAGAAAAAUCUCUGCACCUCAUUAGUGUUUGUACAAUAUUUUUGUGUUAUCCAUUGCUCUUGCUCUCAAUAUAUUAUGUUUAAAUGUG